AUGUCAACGGCACCAAAACCAGCAAUGACAACCGCCGUCAAGAGGGCCUGCGAUGGCUGCCAUCGUCGCAAGGUCAAGUGUGAUAGUGGCAUGACCUGUCGCAACUGUGCAACUGCUGGCAUCGAAUGCACAUAUCUCGCUAUUCCUCAGAAGAAGGGUCCCAAAGGCUCUCGCGCAAAAGUUAUCACCGAAUUGAGAGACAGCCAACGCCAGGCCAGUCUCGCUGCCAAGGUGCAAAACAGACUCAAUGGACAGCCCCCUGACUAUACCAUUCCUGCUCUCAACCCUACAGCUGGCAUGUUGUCCAACGAUCUGAUCAAGGCUUGUGUCAGUUACUAUUUCGAAAAUGCUUACUCGACAUUGCCUUUCCUCGACCGAAACCAAAUCGAAAACUUGAUGCAAAAUAUGGAAAGCGCCCGUGACAGGUACUGUCUGUUUGCAGCUCUCUGCGCAUAUGUAGUACUUCAGCCCGGUAUGAUCCUGCCAACUGCAUCGGCAGAAGAGUCCUUCAGCCUCCAGAACCAUCCCGGCGCCAACAUCGUCGCAAGCACUUUGCUUCUCGAGGAGUGCCUACGCGUUCGAAAGAGCUUCGAUUACUUUGAGACACCAAACUCCAACAUUAUGGUCACAAACGUCUUCAUCUACUCCUGUAUCAAGAUAAUGGAGGGUCCAGACAGAGCGUGGUACUACCUCCGAGAGGCCACAACUAUGGCUCUACUUGCAGGCAUGGACAAGGAAGAAAACUACGCCCAGUUCACUCCAACUGAGGCUGUCCGAAGACGUCGACUUUUCUGGUUCUUGCUCGCCACCGAGCGCGUCUACUUUUUCGCCCGUCGUCGGCCCUUGUCUCUUUAUGCGACAAUCGCACCUAGCCAGAUGCACGACGAUGCCAACGAUGCCGCGUAUCCCGAGCUUAACACCUUUUUCAACAUGUGCAACGUCUUCCGACCUAUGGACGAGUCUUUCCUGGCCGCUUGGAGAAAGGGCUGCGACUUUCUCGAUUGCCAUCAAAUCAGUAGUCUCAAGAAUCACCUCAAGGAAUGGAAAGCCACGAACGCCUUUCACCCCGAAAAUGCCUAUUUGGCCACUCAACAAUUUCUCAACAAUGCAAUUUGGCAGCUUAACAACACCCAAGAUCAGUACCACAGUGAUCUGGCACGGCAAAUGACCGGCAAGAUGGCUUCUUCUUUUGCGGGCCAGCCACUUGAGCUUGCAAAGUCCUGCUUGUUCCCCAAGCUAUUUGAGAUCUGUCUUAACCUGACUGCCUAUCUGGGCAGCAUGACCCCGGAUCGACACCCUAUGACCUUGGGCCCUCACCAGUGGCUCGAAAGUCUCCUCGUUUCUCUCCACCCUGCCCGAAACGGUGAAUUUGCAUUCACUCCUCUGUUGUUGGCCAAGGUCAACGAGAUUCUUCCACGUCUGGCCGACCCACUGCUGCGAAACGCCCCAACGAACAGCUCUUUGCCAAUGUCAGUUGAUAUUUUCGACGGCUUUGGUAAUGCCGGUAUGGCCAGCAUGCCACAAAUGAACGAUUACAACCAAGGCAUGGUCGUUGACGAGAAUGAGAGCAAGUACGAUUUGAGUGGCAGUAGUCCUGACACAAUCCCCAACUCCAAUUACUCGAAUGGCACGCCCCCUGGUACACAGCCAGGUGGUGAUAUCGCCUCGGCAUUUGUCGGCUCACCUGCUAAUGUCAUGUCCCCUGGCAUCGACUACAAUGUCGGUAACGUGGGCAUGGGCGGCUUUGACAUGUCUGAAAUGGGCAUGAGUUCAUUCACAGCCUCUCAACCCAAUCCAUUGAGCAACAUACAACAUCAGCAACGUCUUGGAAGUCAACCCCCCUUGCAGGGCAUACAGAACCAGAAUGUCAACGCUUCAUCCAUAAACCCAACAAUAGAGCAGAUAUACGGUAUACAACAACCACAGCGGCAGAAUAGCUAUCAGAUGCAAAACCAACCCCCCUUGUCGCAAAUGGGGUCAAUGUCUGACAUGGACUUUUCAAUGCGAUAA